AAGAUCCAAGCAGACGAAGUUAGUGGGUUAACUGGAUUAUUUGUCGGUCUUUGCAAACAUGCUUAGACUGGUAUUUUUACUAGCAUCCCUCUAGCUGUAGGGGACACAUAUAAAUUUGACAUUUAACUACAGUUUGAAUUAGUUUGCUUAAUAUACAAAUAUUGCAAACAAGUUUUUGGGGCAUUUUUCAUACACUUACUAACAUUUUAGAACACGAUUCUUUUCUGUUUUUUUCCUUAAAAGAUUUCUGGGGCCUACAUUUAUCCACCGAUUGAUGUCUGUCGUGAGAUUUCCGACAGCUCGUGAAGGCACCGUCAGUCUCAUUGUGGCCCUGCGGAUCUAACGCCAUCAUCGUCAUCAUCAUCACACGGAGCGGAGCGGAGCGCAGCGCAGCAGCGGAGGGACAGAAGACCGGGGCCACGGCAGCCGCCCAGCCUUUAUUGCCCACUGCUUUCUUCGUUCCAAGGCGAUGGAAUACGGCGCUGCGGGCCACUAGUGUCGGGCCUGUGUUUUUUUCGGCAGCGCACAAAGCAAUGUGGAGGAAAUAAAGAUCCUGAUACGGCGCGUAAACCAGAGAUUUUAGAUAAUGGGCUGUGUGCAAUGCAAGGAUAAGGAGGCAACCAAACUCACAGACGAGCGCGACGCCAGCAUCUCCCAGGGAGCCGGGUACCGCUAUGGGGCCGACCCCACGCCGCAGCACUAUCCCAGCUUCGGGGUCACCGCCAUUCCCAACUACAACAACUUCCACGCCCCGGUCGGACAGGGGGUGACCGUCUUUGGGGGGGUCAACACUUCCGCUCACACUGGCACCCUGCGGAGGGGUGGGACCGGAGUCACGCUCUUUGUGGCACUUUAUGACUAUGAAGCACGGACGGAGGAUGACCUCAGCUUCAGGAAAGGAGAAAGGUUUCAAGUCCUUAACAGCACUGAAGGGGACUGGUGGGACGCCCGCUCACUGACCACCGGCGGCAGCGGCUACAUUCCCAGUAAUUACGUGGCCCCUGUGGACUCCAUCCAAGCUGAAGACUGGUACUUCGGUAAGCUGGGCCGAAAGGAUGCAGAGAGACAGCUGCUGUCCACCGGCAAUCCUCGGGGCACCUAUCUGAUCCGAGAGAGCGAAACCACCAAGGGGGCCUUCUCCCUGUCCAUACGGGACUGGGAUGAUGUGAAAGGAGACCACGUCAAGCACUAUAAGAUUCGCAAGCUGGACAGCGGGGGCUAUUACAUCACCACCAGGGCUCAGUUUGACACGCUGCAGCAGCUGGUCCAGCACUACUCAGACCGAGCUGCGGGUCUCUGCUGUCGCUUGGUGGUUCCCUGCCACAAAGGGAUGCCCCGCCUCGCCGACCUGUCGGUGAAAACCAAAGACGUGUGGGAGAUCCCGCGGGAGUCGCUGCAGCUCAUCAAGCGCCUUGGCAACGGGCAGUUUGGGGAGGUCUGGAUGGAGAGUGCGGAUGGUUUGUGCUUUAAUUUAACGGGCGUGUGCAUGAACUACAUCCCCGACACUGUGGGCUUGAGUCACGAUGCCUGGGAGAUCAGCAGAGACGCCCUUCAGAUGGAAGUAAAGCUGGGCACAGGAUGUUUUGCUGAAGUGUUUUACGGAACGUGGAACGGCACCACUAAGGUGGCGGUGAAGACGCUGAAGCCUGGCACCAUGUCCCCCGAGUCGUUCCUGGAGGAGGCUCAGAUCAUGAAGAAGCUCCGCCACGACAAGCUGGUGCAGCUGUACGCCGUGGUGUCGGAGGAGCCCAUCUACAUCGUCACGGAGUACAUGAGCAAAGGGAGCCUGCUGGACUUCUUGAAGGACGGAGAGGGACGAGCGCUGAAGCUGCCAAACCUGGUGGACAUGGCAGCGCAGGUGGCGGCAGGCAUGGCCUACAUCGAGAGGAUGAACUACAUCCACAGAGACCUCCGCUCCGCCAACAUCCUGGUAGGGGACAACCUGGUGUGCAAGAUCGCCGACUUCGGCCUGGCGCGGCUAAUCGAGGACAACGAGUACACGGCUCGGCAAGGAGCAAAGUUUCCCAUCAAGUGGACGGCCCCAGAGGCUGCGCUGUACGGCAGGUUCACCAUCAAGUCAGACGUGUGGUCGUUCGGCAUCUUGUUGACGGAGCUGGUCACCAAGGGCCGCGUGCCUUACCCAGGCAUGAACAACCGCGAGGUUCUGGAGCAGGUGGAGCGGGGCUACAGGAUGCCGUCCCCCCAGGACUGCCCCAUCUCGCUGCACGAGCUGAUGCUGCAGUGCUGGAAGAAGGACGCGGAGGAGAGGCCCACCUUCGAGUACCUGCAGGCCUUCUUGGAGGACUACUUCACAGCGACCGAGCCUCAGUACCAGCCUGGGGAUAAUCUCUAAACACCGGCCCGCUCCAAAAACCACCCCCUCUCUCCCCAACCCUGCGACCCUCCAGGGCUCGGGUUGACUCGGGCUGGGGCAGAACUGGCCCCAGAAGGGCUGUAUUUAAAGAAGAAAAAGAACUGUGGAGCAGCCAGGCUUUUUUUGUUUUAGGGAUCUGUUCAGCUUCCUCAGCUCAUCACGAGCAUUUCAGAUCCACCUUCCUAAAGAAAAACCCUGACUCUCUGACCUCUGACCUACCAGGUGUCUGAACUCUGCAGGUGAAAGCUCACAGACUGGGGGUUGGUGGGGAGCGCUCAAAUAACCUGUAUUCUGUGUAAAUAAGAAAAUCUUGUUUUAGUUUGUCUUUCUCUGUUCCAGAUUUUAUUUUCUCCUGCACAAAAAAAAAAAAAUAUGAGAAUACCAGAGAGAGGAAUGGCAAGCAGCUGAGCUGGCACCAAACAGUGCAUGGGUCAGACAGAAGAUCCAGUGUUAUUUUUUAAGAUCAAAGCGGACGCCUCACUAUAUAUUUUUUUCGUCUUUUUUUCUGCUUGGAAAAAAAAAUGCUCUUGGAACAUGGCUUCAUCCCUAUUUUGAAUUUUUUUUUUUUUCGGUUGUUUUGUACGAGCUUCUUUAAGCGAGCUCGAUGCACUCCUUAAAGAGAUCCGUUUCGUUCCCGCCCUUCCCCAAAAGCUUCCUCGCAGCACGGUCACGCUGCUUCUUUUUCUCCGCUUAGACCGCGCGUGUGAAUCAAAGACAAGCAGAGAAAAAUUCACACCUGUUCUUCUCACUCAUUUGAGUAUUUUGUUUCCCCGCAAGCGUUUGUUAUUCUUUUGGUGCAGCUGGGAAAGAGCUGGUUCAAGAAGAGGCCCAUGGCUCCUCAGCUUCUCUCAUGUACAGCCUCCACCCAUUACUGCAGCUGAUCCAGAACCAGUUCACCUACUGAGUUCCUUCGUCUUUUCUAUCCUGAAACAGUUCAGUUCUGUAACAAUUCUUUAGUCGGAAAAGCUCGAGGGACCGAUUCAGGUACCGCGUGAAGACGUCUGUAUGCGGAAGCAGGUGGGAUUCAGCCCAGAGACCACCUGGUCUCAUCACACGCGGUUUUGACCAUCGCUGGAUUCUCCUCGUUUUUCAUUUGUACAGCUGAAGGGUUUUUAAGUGUGGCUAACCUCGCUCCUUUGUAUCUGACAUUUCCAUUUUUUAACAUUUCAUGUUUUGUUAAUUCAGUGAUUUUUUGGCGUUUGGAAUUCGGGAAAAGACCAAUAAACAUUUUACACUCUU